UCAUUUUGCAAAGUCUGGGUCUAAAACCCUAGGAUCCGGAUUCAUUUGGCGCGCCACGACGAACCCGACCGUAUCUCCCACUUCUGACCACCAAUCGACACAGCGUUUGUUGGUUGGAUUCCUCUCUUCCUCUUGUUUGAUUUCUGCGGUGUUACAUUGUCCAGAAACCCAUCCAUUUCAGCGACGGCGCAGUGGUUAAGAUGGGAGCAGAAAAUGUUGGGAAUCGUCGUCCACAUUCGGAGGAUUCGGGUGUCGUUUUGACUGGAACAGCAAAUGCAAAGGAAGGUAAUGGCGGUCUUGUUGACAUUGGCGAGAGCAAAGAUGCCUACCUUGUUCGAGUUGCACUUGCUGGCCUUCAAACGAAUCGAGGUAACGUAAAAUGUGUUAUCCAACGUGACGGAAAGGUUCAUAUACAAGGAGUCAUGAACGGUGUUGAGCUCUUGAAAAACUCAUCAACUGUGUACCAUAUGAGAGCCCAGCAACUAUCCUCGCCUGGACCAUUUACCCUUUCUUUCAGGCUUCCUGGACCUGUUGACCCCCGUCUGUUUUCUCCUCAUUUCCAGCAUGAUGGAAUCCUUGAGAUCGUCGUUCUCAAAUCCAGCAAAUUAAGCAAAAAUUGAAAAAUCAAGGCACAUCCAAAGCCGGGUUGAUUGAAUUGGGUGAUGAUGAUGGAGAUGUGGUGACGGAGACAGGAGUGAUGCACACUAGGUCCGAUGGUGUUUUAGCCUUUCAUUUCCUAUGUAAGUAACUAAAUAGUUAAGGGAAGUUGAUGGAUUAACGUUUUGAGAAUGUUUUCCGGCAAAAGGAUUAUCUUAAUGUGAAGCCACUGGAGUGAUUCCUGAUUAUUGUUA